AUGGCGGGCGUGGAGGUCCGGCUGCCGGCGGCGCGGGAGCGGCUGGCGCAGGGUCUGCCCCGCGGGGCCGGCGAGGGCGGCAGGGACCUGGUGGCUCCGGGGGACACCAUCACCACCGACCCCGGAUACAUGAGGGGUCAUGGCACAUACAUGGGCAACGAGAAGCUCGUGGCAUCCGUGGCUGGUGUGGUGGACAGGGUGAACAAGCUGGUCUGUGUGAAAGCUCUGAAAACAAGGUAUAACGGCGAAGUUGGCGACAUUGUGGUUGGGCGAAUCACAGAGGUGCAGCAGAAACGAUGGAAAGUUGAAACAAAUUCUCGGCUGGAUUCCGUCUUGCUUCUUUCUUCUAUGAAUCUUCCCGGAGGGGAGCUGAGGCGAAGGUCGGCGGAAGAUGAGCUCGCCAUGAGAGACUACCUGCAAGAGGGAGACCUCAUCAGCGCAGAGGUCCAGGCAGUAUUCUCGGAUGGGGCUGUAUCGCUGCAUACCCGUAGUCUGAAAUACGGGAAGCUUGCCCAGGGAGUGCUCGUCCAGGUUUCCCCGUCCCUUGUGAAGCGGCAGAAGACUCACUUCCAUGACUUGCCAUGCGGGGCCUCCGUCAUCCUUGGCAACAACGGGUUCAUCUGGAUCUACCCGACUCCUGGACAGAAGGACGAAGAGGCUGGGGGCUUCGUCACCAAUCUGGAGCCAGUCCCCUUGCCCGACCGAGAAGUGAUUUCCCGCCUCCGCAACUGCAUCCUGGCUCUGGUCGCACAGAAGCUGAUGCUCUACGACACCAGCAUCGUGUACUGCUACGAGGCAUCCCUCUCCCAUCAGAUCAAGGACCUUCUGAAGGCAGAGGUGAUGGAGGAGGUCGUGCUUCAGACCCGGCAAAGGCUCCUGGAACUAGAAGGGUGAUUGUGGAGUGGGAGGCGAAGAAUGACCCGGUGGACUUCCCACGGCAGUGUAGACGCUCCUCUUGCUCCGCACAGUCCAGCUUCUCCAAAACAUUCCAUGGUCCGGAAAAUCCAUUUUGCGUUCCUCUUGCUUUCAAAGGCUCUCCUGCCUUUCUUUCCCCCGUGGGAUUUCUUAAAUGCUGGCUAACAAUCCCACCCCAGAAAGGAAUGCAGGAAGAAACAUGAAAGCAAAAGGAACUCUUGGUUGCGAUGCUGUAAGAACAGCAGCAGAAACUGAGGUGCGGAGGGACGUUUUCUGCAGGACGGUGACUGCUCUCUGGGAAACGUCAUGCGGGAUGGGAGGCCGACCACUCUAAGAAGCAGCUCUUCUGGACCACUCUGCGGGUGUCUCUGAGUCUCUUCUUAUGUCAUCUGUGUACAUCCCUGCGUUUCAGUGAACAGCCCUCCAAAGCUUGUCUUCACUGUGGGGCCUGGCACAUGCACCAGGCACACACAAAUGCACGCAUGUGUGCAUAAAAGUAGGUCAGGCUGGGAAUCGACACCCUUGCCAUCCACUGCCCCACGGUGUGAUGCCGCUUUGACAGAUGGCAUGGCCUGAAUUUGCCAGUGGUACUGGACUCUGGGAGGGGAGCCUCAGUGUGCGGCAGCCAACGGGUCGGUUGCACUUCAGCCAGCUGAGUUCUUUGGCAUGAGCAGUUGUCAUUGGGAGCACCUUUAUUGCAGCAUUGUUGUAAAAGGGCAGCAAUGUCAGGGAUUUUUUAUUAUCUUGCAUAUAUGUCUGCAAGGCUGUGAACUUCACAUGUGGAGUGUUCUAGUAUUUUUGUU